GUCCAAACUGAAGACAGUGCAUGAACGGAUCCCCUUGGCUGGACUGAGCAAGUUGCCCAGCGUCCCUCAGAUUGCAAAGGCCUUCUGUGAUGAUGCAGUGGGGCUGAAAUUCAACCCUGUCCUGUAUCCCAAGGCCUCCCAAAUGAUUGUGUCCUAUGAUGAGCACGAUGUCAACAACACAUUCAAAUUUGGGGUCAUUUAUCAAAAAGCCAGGCAGACCCUGGAGGAGGAGCUCUUUGGGAACAAUGAGGAGAGCCCAGCUUUCAAGGAGUUCUUGGACCUGCUGGGGGACACAAUCACACUACAGGACUUCAAAGGUUUCCGAGGAGGCCUGGAUGUGACCCAUGGACAGACAGGGCUGGAAUCAGUAUACACGACAUUCCGGGACAGGGAGAUCAUGUUUCAUGUAUCCACAAAGCUGCCAUUUACCGAGGGAGACGCCCAGCAGCUCCAGAGAAAGAGGCACAUUGGGAAUGACAUUGUGGCCAUCAUCUUCCAAGAAGAAAACACACCGUUUGUCCCAGAUAUGAUCGCCUCCAACUUUUUACACGCCUACAUUGUUGUGCAGGCUGAGACUCUAGGCACAGAGACCCCAUCCUACAAGGUCUCUGUAACUGCACGGGAAGAUGUGCCUGCCUUUGGCCCACCUCUGCCCAGCCCCCCUGUUUUCCAGAAGGGCCCAGAGUUCAGGGAGUUUCUGCUCACCAAACUCACCAAUGCAGAGAACGCUUGCUGCAAGUCGGACAAGUUUGCAAAGCUGGAGGACCGGACGAGGGCUGCCCUCCUGGACAACCUUCACGACGAGCUCCACGCCCACACACAGGCCAUGCUAGGAUUGGGCCCAGAGGAGGACAAGUUUGAGAACGGGGGCCAUGGGGGAUUCCUGGAGUCUUUUAAGAGGGCCAUCCGUGUGCGCAGCCACUCCAUGGAGACCAUGGUGGGCAGUCAGAAGAAGCCACACAGUGGGGGCAUCCCUGGCAGCCUCAGCGGGGGAAUCUCCCACAACAGCACGGAAGUCACCAAGACCACUUUCUCGCCUCCGGUGGCAGCAGCAACGGUGAAGAACCAGUCACGGAGCCCCAUCAAGCGGCGGUCAGGGCUCUUCCCUCGCCUGCACACGGGCUCUGAAGGCCAGGGGGACAGCCGGACACGAUGUGACAGUGCAUCCAGCAACCCCAAGACCCCGGAUGGCGGACACUCUUCUCAGGAGAUAAAGUCUGAGACCUCAUCCAAUCCCAGCUCUCCGGAAAUCUGCCCUAACAAAGAGAAGCCCUUCAUAAAGUUGAAGGAGAAUGGCCGAGCCAUCUCCCGCUCUUCCUCCAGCACCAGCAGCUUCAGCAGCACCGCAGGGGAGGGCGAGGCCAUGGAGGAGGGUGACAGCGGGAGCAGCCAGCCAUCUACAACCUCGCCCUUCAAGCAGGAGGUGUUUGUCUACAGCCCGUCCCCGAGCAGCGAGAGCCCCAGCCUAGGGGCAGCUGCCACCCCCAUCAUCAUGAGCCGGAGUCCCACGGAUGCCAAAAGCAGAAACUCCCCGAGAUCUAAUCUGAAAUUCCGCUUUGAUAAGCUCAGCCAUGCCAGCUCUGGUGCGGGUCACUAAUGUGAAAGGGGAGUCCUUCGCCUGUCCAAGGGAAGCCCCAGUUGUGUCCCGGAGAAGGCUCCUAUUCCAGCAGUUCGGGGGUGCCGUCCACUACUCUGACUGUCACAGGCCUGCUGCCUCACCGGCCACCUGCCCAGAUCCAUUGUCUGUCCAAGUGUCCUGGCCCUGUCACAGCCCCACCAGCUCCCUCACUAACACACCUUCCAAGCACCUCCCCAUCUCUGGACAACGCCUCAUUCCUCGAGGCUCCCUCUGCCCCUGACCCCCAGUGUGACAUCUAUCUGGGUCAUUUAUCAUCUUGUUUAGUCUACAGAGGACAAGAGAGUUGAACAAGGAGGGAGCUGGGGGCUCAACCAGAGACUGGGAAGCUGGUCUGCUUCAGAGACAAAGAGUGGGGAACAGAAGCCAACAGCAGGACAUAGCGCCUUGGCCAGGGCUUUGGCCAUGAGGCAGUACCUUCCCAGGCAUGGCAGGCAGGGUGCUCCACCACCAUGAAUGCACUCAGUGGUGGUGGAGGGGCCGCUUCUCCAGGAACCGAGGUUUGUAGCAUUCUCGAGCUGUCCUGAUCUCUGGAGCGCCAAAACACCCAUCUGCUUCUGUGCUAAGAAUGUCUUACCCAUCUGUUGACAUGGGCCCAGGGCUACACUCCCUGUCGCCAGUGUAUCCUGAGCAGGGCUUGGGCACUUGAAGCCCCGAGACAGAGCUGGGCAUGUCUGGGACUGGCGCCACACAACACACUUCCUUGAUUGUGGUUGAAGCUUUUUGCCCUCCUGAUUUCACAUGGGCCCCUGAUCAUCGGGAGAAGCCCGAUGGCAGCCUCUUUCCUCUGAGCAGAUUUUUUCCCCACGAAGUAGAGGGAAGCUGGGAAGUGAGAAGGAAAUCAGGGAAAGCGAAUGAGCCAGUGCUGGGGUGUUGGCUGAGGGACACCUCAGGGCCUAAGGGCAGGGCUUGGAUCCAGGUCUUUGCUGGCUGUGGAGGUUCACGGAAGACAUAAGUAGUUAUUUAACUCACUGCUUAGGUGGAGGCAGAGAGGUGAAGUGAGGGUUGAUGUGCUGGUUUCUGAUCAGGCCCAUAUGUGGGGGUUGAACUUAGAUAUGGGGAAGAAGCACAGGAAAUUUAUGUUCCCAGCAUCUGAUGGCCAUCCAUUGCUGCCUUGGGGACUGUUUCCAGCUACUGUGUCCUUUGACCACAUCCAGGGCUUCAUCCCUCAACCCUCUUCUUCCCCUCUCCAACUGAGAGUCUUUAAGCAGUUUUCACAUCUGUAGGAUUUCUGUGACCAGGCCCCCAUCUGGUUGUGGUUCAGAGAUCACAUGACACCUGCACCCUCAGCCAGAGCACCCUUCACUGGGGUGGGCUGGCUCGUUCUCUGAGGACCAGCCCCUUCUGGGUUCCCCCCCAUCCAGUCUGUAGUAUCACAGGGCAUUUCUGCUGAUGGGACCCAGUUGGGUUUAGGUGGGGGCAUCCUCUAAGUAAAAGAUAAAGUCUAAAGAGCAGCCCCUUGGAGGUGCUGCAGCUUCCAGGGGCCUCUGGCACAGGCUGGCACAGGGUUGCAAGGUGACACUGGCUGGGCUUCUGCUUUAAUGAGUAGAUGAAGAGGAUUUCUAACCAAAUACUUUAUUUACAUGGGGAUCUGGACCUAUUCCCAAGUCAAAGAUAUAAAUGUACACUUUUUUUUAAUGAUAUUGUGACAGUUUCCCCAUUGCUUUUGUCAGUAGAACACAAUUUUGAUCCUUUGCUCCCCCUCACCCCGACUCCACUCAUGAGGAAAUUAAUUGGCUUCUGUUUGCAAGCUGGAGGGACUUCUCCCCUCCCACUGCAUGGGAAAUGUGUAUACGUCAGGCACUAGUCUGGUAAAAUUUAUUCUAGUUAGAAGGUCAACAGAGUAUCUGUUUGGCUUUUAUUAAAAGUCACCGUAGCAGCACCCACUGCUGGAAGAAGGCCUAUAGAUUCUGGCAGUAUUUUGUUGGCUGGUUUCUGAAGGAACUUGAAAGGUAAAACUGCAUUUCUUUAAAAAACAAUUGCAUGGUUCUGACCUGCCUCUCUGGAUGGCUAGUAUUUACAUUGCUUGGUGGUUGUGCUGUGUUGCAUCAUGGUCUGAGGGCAUCUGGAGUUUCCAGGUUGUCCUCAUGCUGUCUCAUUUGUUAAUCCCAUACCUACCUGUCCCCAUUGCUUUGGCUGCUCCCCUGCACCCCCCUACCUUCUGGGAGGGCUUUGCUCCUGCCUCUGAGCUAGUGGACUGAUGGCUGGGUGUGUCCAGAGGUACUGAGAGGCACCGGUGUGCUUCUGAGAAGCUUAGACCUGAGAUGUGGUCUCCACCCUCAGUUUGCUAUUGGGGUGCCCUGGGUGGGAUCCCAAAUGCCCCUUUCCUCUGGGUCAUGCCUCGUCAUCCCUAGAAGGUGCAUCCUAUGGCCUCCAGCGUGUGCACUGCCAGCCCACCUGAGGUCCCAGUGCCGAGAGGAGGAGGAGAACAAGGAUGGGCCAGUCUCCCCUCGCUCCUCUGGACCACGGGGCAGGCAGCUCAGGUUCCUGGAGGGCUGUUUUCCCCAUGCUCUGUUUAUAUCUGUUCUGAUCCAAAAUGCUUGUCCUUUUAUUGCUGUGCCCAGUCUUGGAGCUCAAAGAUUUGCUGAAGCUCAUGGGCCCUUGUGACUAGACUCAUCUAGAUGGUGCUCACCCUGGUAUUUGAGGCAUUUUCACUGUGAUCUCCAUGAGUGGGUGUUUCCCUAUGUCUCUGGCUCUGGCAACUGCCUGACUCACUGAAGAAACUACUUUUCAGGCACUGUAGGGCACCCAUAUGUCUCCAGUUCAGUUGAUGCUUAAAAACAGGCACAGAAAAGCUCGAGGUAGAAGGUGUUAGCUAAAGUUUCUGUCUGUGCUAAUCAAUGCAAAAUGGCAUUUCUUGAAAACUACUCUGUGGUUCAGUUUUGUCAGCAUCAUCUCAAUGACCAAGGCUUCUGGUUCCUUUCAGCAUCUCAUCCAACCAUGUCGUCAUCCAGAUGAGACAUCAUCUCAUCUCAUCCAGAUGAGACCUUUGCUCAAGUGAGGAGAAGGAACUUGCUUGAGGUCACACAAUCAGCUAUUGGUAACGCUAGGAUUAGAACACAAAUCCCAGGGUACUUUCCUCUGCACUACCUGCGUAGUUGAUUAGAAUAAGUGGCUGGGGUCCUGGGUUUCCUGGGGCCCUGGGUUUUGGGGAAGCCAGUUAGCCAGUGCCUUAGCCCUGACUGGGAGGUGUCAGCAAUCAAGGAUGCUGCUGAAGCCUCACUCUGCUUUUUUGCAUCAUGAGGGAUGAUCUCUUGGAUUUUUCCAGUGAGAGCCCCAGGGUUUUGCAUGCAGCUUGAGCAAAGAAAAAAAAAACAGAGGGAAAAAGGGAUUCUGGUGAACUGCUCCUCAGUGAUAUCGGUUCUUCAACUCUAGUCUCUAAUGGGGGUGGAGGCUGGGGCAAAGAUGCUGUUAACCAACCCUCAGCUUCCCAUUUCUAAAUUAAGAGAAAAAUAGUGAAAGAAAACUCUUCAUUUCUCCCUGAUUCUUAAACAAAGCUGGUUCAUGAAAACCUGGACUCUAGUGACAGGGCAGGACAAGAGCCUGUUUCACUUUCUUACCCUGACCCUUUAUGGUGCCAACUCAAACACUACCUUUUUCAUUCACUUCUAAGUCAACAGAGACAGGUCUGGUUUGAGUAGUCGGGGGUUCAAGUAAAUCUUAUGGCUACAGGUGGCCGGCGGGGACCAGGACAGGACUAGCCAUGCUCAGGACCCCAUGGCUCCUCCCCCAGCCUCUAGCUACUCCUUAUCAAGGGUGGGUCAGUAAGGCUUGCCACGACUGUCUCUGUAGCCUGACUGGGGGGCAGAUUGUGGCAUUCUUCUACUAAGCUCUGGUAGCUGUUUUACCACCAGCCCCUUGUCCACCCUGAUCCCAUCUCCCUCCUUUCAGCCGGGCCAGGUGCCCCUUUGGGAGGAAGAAGACAAUUCCUGCUAGGGCCAAGGGCAGCAGAGCCCUGCCUGGUGAGAGGCCGUGGGGCAGCGGCUCUGUCCUAUGUCUUACCAGCUCUGGGAGAAGGUGUUUGGCUGGAAGACUGGAAUUUAAUUGCCAUCGUCUUUGAUUUUGUGACAUGUCCGCUUGGAAGGGUGAACCCCUCCCUUCCCGCUUCUUAGCAUGUGUGCCAGCUCUCCCUUGUCAUGGGUUACCCUUUGACACUCCAGCUUGGGGAGUGCUGACAUUUCUGUGAAGAGAUUCCUCUGUGUGAUAGAACCUAAGAAUUGUAGCUUGGAAGUGAUGAUCCAUGUGAUGAUGACUUUUCUUUCUUUCCUCUUAGUGAGGAGGUGAUUUGUAGACCCCGACUGCCUAUGUAAUGUAAAUAGUGUACAUUUAAUUUAUUGCUACAGUAGCAUAUUGUAUUUGUUAAUGUAUAAAACAAAUUCUAAAAGGUUGACAAAUGUAUAUUUUGUUGCUUAAAUGUGUCUUUGCAGAAAUUGACAAUAAAUAAGAUAUUUUGUGUCCA